AUGUUUGUCCCCAAUGGAAGCCUUGCUGCAAAUAAUCGGCGGCGAAAUACUCUCAGAUCUCCUCGAAGAGCUCAAGACUCCCCUUCCUCGCUGCGGCGAAAGAAACGCACAUCAGAAGCCGAGGAAUACCAGUGGCCUACUACGGGUUUCUGGAAUCGGCUGUCCAAGGUCCAUCUAACUGGAGCAGCAUUGAGAGAAUUCGACUACAGAACGUUGAGGGCCGGAGUACCAGUGCUCACGCCCCAACUCAACGUUGACAUUUCAAGGCCUAGGACCAAGAGCGUGGUGCGUUUUGCACUACGCGGUGGACCUGAUUUGACCCAUAUUCGAGGAUAUGCAAGUCUAGCUGACCAGGACGACACAAUGACCCGACGCAAUACCAAACGAAAGCGUCCGCACGCAUCUACCGACAAAGUUACAAGCUGCAAGCCUAUGACUGCCCACGAUUCCAAUUUCGGACAGGCCCUGAUCGACGCUGGUAUCAAGCAACCUAGUCGAACUAUACAACCCAACAAUGUGGGAGAUAUCAGAGUAGACAUGGCCAAACGCCGGCGUUCCUUGUCUCCUUCACGCUUCAAUGACAAGGAUUUCGCAGACUUCCAAGAUCUUUGUGACUUAGUGGGCGAUGAAGCAACUACACGGGCUCAGGUUAUGUCCAUCAUUGCCGGCAAACCGAGGAAAGACCAUUAUAACGCAGCGGAGCGCGUAUUCAGCCACCUAGAGCCUUUCGCCGACGAGCUACCCAGACCCAAGCCAGACCUGUAUGACGGCGCCUUCCCGCGGCAAAUCGAUCUGAAGAUCCGCCACGAUCUCGGAGAACACAUUGUCCCAUCCAACGAUACAUCACUACCUGCGGCACCGAACUUUUUCUUAGAGGUCAAAGGCGAGAGUGGUCGUGCCGAUGUAGCAAGGCGGCAAGCACGUCAUGACGGGGCGGUCGGCGCCAGGGCGAUGCACAGUCUUCAGAAUUACAAAUCGGACGAAAUCAAAUAUGAUGGCAACGCGUACAGCUACUCAGCCGUUUACCUUCAAGGAGUGGCCGUACUGAGACUAUACAGUCACUAUCUAACAGCGCCUAGAGCCCCUGGACAACCCGUUGAGUGUCAUAUGACACAACUUCGUGGGUAUGAAUUGUCCGACAGCAUUGAGACCUUCAGAACAGGAGUCACUAGUUUCCGCAACCUCCGAGAUCGAGCUAAAACAGUGCGAGAUGAUUUCAUCGCUCACGCAAAUCAGAUAGCCCGAAGCGCACCUGUGGACAAUCCGUCAACCACAUUGACUGACAGUAGUUCGUCUCUGCAAAGUAUCCAAGAAGAACGAAUUUGA